CCUUGAUUUGGGAACAAUUUUCUCCUCACUCCUCAUCCUUUUUUUUUCCUUUUCAAAAAAUCACGGGGAGGGAUCGAAGCCCAAGAAAAUGGGUCUGCCAUUAGUACAUGCUCUGUUCUUAACUCUGUUUCUGCUCUGCCUCCAAACAAAAGCAGAGGAUUUUGGUGCAACAGGGAAGCUCGCAGGAACAUGCAACUUGUUCAGUGGAAAAUGGGUCUAUGAUGCUUCAUACCCUCUCUAUGACCCUUCAACUUGCCCCUUCGUAGAUCCACAGUUCAAUUGCCAAAAGCAUGGUCGCUCAGAUAAACUGUACCAAAAAUAUAGGUGGAUGCCAUUUUCUUGUCCCUUGCCAAGGUUCAAUGGAUUGAACUUUUUGGAGAAAUAUAGAGGGAAGAAGAUUAUGUUUGUCGGUGACUCCCUUAGCUUGAACCAGUUCAAUUCAUUGGCAUGUAUGCUUCAUGCUUGGGUGCCAAAAUCUAGGAGCAUUUUCAGCCAAAGGGAUGCUCUCUCCAAAGUGGCAUUUGAGAACUAUGGCCUUGAGUUAUAUUUGUACCGCACAGCAUAUUUAGUGGACCUUGACCGUGAGAAAGUUGGAAGAGUUUUGAAGCUUGACUCUAUCAAGAACGGUGACUCUUGGAUGGGGAUGGACGUGCUGGUUUUUAACACGUGGCACUGGUGGACCCACACCGGAAGUUCUCAACCGUGGGACUAUGUUCAGGUGAAUAAUAAAUUGUUCAAAGACAUGAACCGUUUUCUUGCGUACUAUAAAGGGCUUACAACUUGGGCUAAGUGGGUUCAAAGAAACGUCAAUCCAGCAAAAACCAAGGUCUUCUUCUUAGGAAUUUCUCCUGUGCAUUACCAGGGGAAAGAUUGGAAUCAACCAACGAAAUCAUGUAUGAGUGAGACACAACCAUUCUUUGGAUUGAAGUACCCUGCAGGGACACCAAUGGCUUGGAGGGUGGUGAGCAAGGUGUUGAACCAGAUAACUAAGCCAGUGUAUUUCUUGGAUGUGACCACUCUCUCACAGUACAGAAAAGAUGCACAUCCUGAAGGAUAUAGUGGUGUUAUGGCAGUAGAUUGCAGCCACUGGUGUCUUCCUGGGCUUCCUGACACUUGGAAUGAACUUUUGGGUGCAGUUCUUUCUGAUUGAAAGCAGUCACUAUGAUAACUACUUUGUUUAUUAGGUCCAACUUGUUAGAGGAAAACCAAUUGUUUUCAACUGUAGGUAAUAUUUAAUUUUGGCAUUUUGGUUCUUGUAAUUGUUGGGGAAUAAAAGGGUUUGAUGCUCCUAAUUGUAAAUGUAGAAUAUUGAUUUGGCAGAAAAGAUUGCCUUCAAUUGUACCAAAUACCAUUUUGAAUUUUGAAAAACAUUGUGGAAAGAUGUGGUGGCUCAUUGUAAAGUAGUUUAUGAAUUUCCCUUUUUCUAAGGCAUUACAGUAAUAUUGCAGUAACAGAAUAUGAUGUAGUGAUGUUGAUUGUGGAGUUGCAAAUUUUAGCUAUUAUAAA